UGCCCAUUCCAGAGGGAGGAGACCAGAAGCAUUAGGCACCCUGGGGUCUCCUGUCCCCAAACUACUCAGCAGCAGGUCCCACCCCCCGCCCCUAUGACCAACAUGAGCUGGAGUUUCCUGACGCGACUGCUGGAGGAGAUCCACAACCACUCCACGUUCGUGGGCAAAGUGUGGCUCACGGUGCUGGUGGUCUUCCGCAUCGUGCUCACGGCCGUGGGCGGCGAGUCCAUCUACUCGGACGAGCAGACCAAGUUCACGUGCAACACGCGCCAGCCGGGCUGCGACAACGUGUGCUACGACGCGUUCGCGCCCCUGUCCCACGUGCGCUUCUGGGUCUUCCAGAUCGUCGUCAUCUCCACGCCCUCCGUCAUGUACCUGGGGUACGCCGUGCACCGCCUGGCCCGCGCCUCCGAGGAGGAACGCCGCCGCGCUCCCCGCCGCCGUCCGACCCGCGCGCCCCUGCCGCUGCCCCUGCCGCCCCACCCCAGCUGGCCCGACUCCGCCGGCCUGGGCGAAGAGGAGCCCAUGCUGGGGGGCCUGGGCGAGGAGGACGAGGAGUCGGGGGCGCCCGAAGGCCUGGGCGAGGAGGCCGAGGCCGAGGACGCGGGCGCGGCCAAGGGCGCAGGCGGAGACGCCAAGGCGGCGGGGGCCCCGGGUCCCGCCCGGCAGCACGACGGGCGGCGGCGCAUCCAGCGCGAAGGCCUGAUGCGCGUGUACGUGGCCCAGCUGGUGGCGCGGGCUGCCUUCGAGGUGGCCUUCCUGGUGGGCCAGUACCUGUUGUACGGCUUCGAGGUGCGGCCUUUCUUCCCGUGCAGCCGCCAGCCUUGCCCGCACGUGGUGGACUGCUUCGUGUCUCGGCCCACCGAGAAGACCAUCUUCCUGCUGGUCAUGUACGUGGUCAGCUGCCUCUGCCUGCUGCUCAACCUGUGCGAGAUGGCGCACCUCGGCCUGGGCAGCGCGCAGGACGCGGUGCGCGGCCGCCGUCCCCCGCCCGGCGCCCCCGGCCCCGCGCCGCGCCCGCCCCCCUGCGCGCUGCCCGCCGCGCCCACCGGCCUGGCUUGCCCGCCCGACUACAGCCUGGUGGUGCGCGCGGCCGAGCGCGCGCGCUCCCACGACCGGGACCUGGCGAGCCUGGCGCUGCAGGCGCUGCGGGACGGGCACGCGUUGGAGGACCGCGAGAGCCCGCCGUGCCCCGGCCUCCCCGCGGCCGCCCGGGGGCCCCAGCGGUCCGGCGCCCCCGCCUCCGGGUCGGGCAGCGCCACGUCGGGGGGCACGGGCCAGGGCAGGCCAGGCGCCAAGCCCAGGGCGGGCUCAGAGAAGGGCAGUGCCAGCAGCAGGGAGGGGAAGACCACCGUGUGGAUCUGA